AUGCUUAGAGCAAUGAAAACACAUUAUCAAUAUUUAGUUAUUGGAGGAGGAUCAGGAGGUGUCGCCUCAGCAAGAAGAGCUGCCAGUUAUGGUGCCUCCGCUUUAGUGAUUGAGUCAAAGGCAAUGGGAGGAACAUGUGUGAAUGUUGGUUGUGUUCCCAAGAAAGUCAUGUGGUAUGCAUCCGAUAUUUCUCAGAAAAUACAGAUCGCUAGGGAUUACGGCUUCCCAAAGGUCGACCCAGCUUUUGCAAAAACUUUUGACUGGCCUACGUACAAGACGAAGAGAGAUGCUUACGUUAAGAAAUUGAACGGAAUUUACGAAAGAAACAUGACCAAGGAGAAAGUCGAUUAUGUUUAUGGUCUUGCUUCCUUUACAAAGGAUGGUAAAGUUAGUGUUGUUGACAAAGAAGAUCCAUCGAAAGUUUCUACAUACACGGCAGAUAACAUCCUAGUUGCUACUGGUGGAAAGGCAGUGCUACCAACUAAAAUUCCAGGAUGGGAGCUUGGAAUGAAUUCUGAUGGUUUGUUUGAUUUGAAGGAAAGACCAAAAAGAGUUAUGAUGGUUGGUUCUGGCUUUAUUAGCGUUGAGUUUAGUGGAUUCUUCCAUUUACUAGGCAGCGAAACACAUACAGUUAUCAGAAAACAACACGUUUUGACAAAAUUUGAUGAGAUUAUUCAGAAUACCAUUACUGAUUAUUAUGUGAAAGAGGGCGUGAACAUUCACAAAGGCACAAGUGUGGCUAAGGUGGAGAAACUUGAGGAUGGAUCGAAGAAGGUGACACUUGAAAACGGCGAAACAGUUGUUGUUGACGCUUUGUUCUGGUGUAUUGGAAGAAAUUCCUUGAUUGAUAUGCAUCCAGAGAACAUUGGACUCAAUUUGGACAGCAAGGGAAGAAUUGUUGUUGAUGGGUAUCAGAGAACAAAUGUGCCAAACGUUUAUUCGUUAGGUGACGUUGUUGGUCACUUACAGCUUACACCAGUCGCAAUUGCUACCGGAAGGAAGCUUGCCAAUAGAUUAUUUGGUCCCGAAAAGUUUAAAACUCAGAAGAUGGACUUUACAAACGUUCCAACUGCUGUCUUUUCUCAUCCGGAGGUUGGAGCUAUUGGCUUGACAGAAAAGCAAGCUAAGGAGAAAUAUGGUGAGGAGAACAUUAAGAUCUACACGUCGAGAUUUAACGCGAUGGCAUAUGCUAUGACAGAGCAUAAAUCUCCAACUGCUUACAAACUCGUUUGCUUGAAACCAGAGAACGAAAAGAUUAUUGGUAUGCACAUUGUCGGUGACGGUUCAUCCGAAAUCAUGCAAGGAUUCGGUGUUGCCAUUAAGAUGGGUGCUACUAAGGCCGAUUUCGAUAGUUGCGUAGCUAUCCAUCCAACCUCUGCUGAGGAGUUAGUCACAAUGAAAUGA